GGACGUACAAUCUCCAGCAUGUUCUCUCUACUGUUGCUCUCUUUGCUGUUUCUUCAAGGAUCUCUAGGGUUUAUAUUUGGGAAACGUGAAGACUCAAGAUCUUCUGAAAUCCAGCUUCCAUUCCUUAACUUUGGGAAGAGCUCUUCUUCAGAAGAGGACAGUGGACAGCAAUUUGAAUCAUCAGAUGACCUGAACCCAAAGUAUUUCUGUCAAGGUCCUUGCAAAGAUGGCUGGGUUUCCUAUCGUGGUUACUGUCACUUGUAUGUAGCUUGGGAACUUAGCUGGAACGAUGCAGAGAAACAUUGCCAGUCUCUCUUUAGUCGUGCUCAUCUUACAAGUAUCAUAAAUCAGGAGCACAAUCAAUUCCUUAUGGCUCUGGCCAGCUCAAAAGGAUUUCGUGGUGACAAACUGUGGACUGGAGGCAACACGAAAAAGGGAUCAAAUGUUUGGGCUGAUGGAUCACCAUUUGAUUUUCUGAAGUCCCCCCUACGCAAUCUGAUGAAAUUUUUUGGUAUCGACAAAUGCCUGAGCCUGAGCUUUGGAGGUGGAAACUCCUGGGUUCAACUAAACUGUGUCCAGAAGCUCCAUUUCAUCUGCAUAUACAAGCCAAGUCAGCUGUGAGACUGAAGAACAUCUGAGGAACAUGACACUUACUGAUGAAUACAAUACCAAAGCAAUCAAUCAGUUACUUGCUUUUAGAGAUGGAUGGCAUUUUGGCACAUCGUAAUUGGUCCACAUGGUUGAUGAGGAAAAAAGCUGAACUUUUUUUUGCUAAAAAUGUUUUAAAAUUACUUCUUGCUUGACAUACAAGCUAAACUCUACUCCUGAUAUUAAAGAAAUUGAUUGUAU